GCAUUUUUCAGUUCAACCUGAAGGACCACCAGCACAGCGUUGUCACAGACAGUCAGUCUAAGAAAUCUGUUCACCUGCACGACUGACAGGUCUCGUCUGGAUCCAAUCUGGGUGGGAGAUAUUUGGAGUCCACGGUGUUUCUUCAGUGCUGUGUUUUUCCCUGCCGCAGUUUCACUUUCACCGUGCUUCUGUUCCAGCAUGGCAUUCCGCCGGCUCUGCUCCUCACCUGGUCGAGAUAAGUCUUUCCUUGUGGCUCUAUGCCUGUCACAAACCUCAAAACGCAGAAAAAGGAAAUUAGACUGGAGAUUAGAAGGAACUUUCUGACCAUGAGAGCGGUCAAAACAGGUUGGGGAGCCAUUGGAACAGGCUACUUAGAGAAACUGUAGAAUCACCAUCCUUGGAAGUUUUGAUGAACAGGUUGGACAGACACUUGGCUGGGAUGGUUUAGUCAAGAAGGAUCCUACCUUGAGCAAUGAGUGAGGUCCCUUCUAGCUCUACUUUCCUAUGAUCCUAUUUUGCUAUUGAAUGCUUCUGUUACCACGUGACACUUUAUUUGCUCACAUUGUACUUUCAUUGCCCAGCAAGCCCCUGCCUCAGGACUGUAUGCAUUGCCUCAGUAAUCAGAUCCACAAGUCAAUAUCCAGAAAUAUGGUCAGUAUAGUGAUUCAGUUAUAUGACCAGGCUUCUAACAGAAAUGUAGUCUGUGCAUCUACCACAGCUGAUACUUCUCUCCGUAAGCCACUUGACAGACAGGCAUGUAUACCUCCCCUGCUGAACUCUUGUUCAUGGCAUAUCAUAGACAAGCAAAAAAAAAUGCUGACAAUUUGUUUGGACUAUCCAAAAGCCUUUGGCAAAGGCCUUUUAAAAAGCCAUUAGAUGGGAUGGGAGAAACAAAGAAUGCUGGCCAGGAGACAGAAAACAAGAGCAUGAAUAUCAAUUCUCAAUUUUCAACCUGACAAAAUAUGAAUAGUGGGUCGCAUAAUCCUAUACAUGAUUAUUAACAUAUAUUUUAUUAGGACCAUCAUUCACUAAAUUAAUCUAAACUAAUGUUUAUGAGGGGGUGGGGAAAGAGUGACCAGGGAUCAGAUCUGCAAAUAAAACAAACCUAUUCAGAUUAAUUAUGAGUUUUGUACAAAACUUCAGAGGGGCCCAACCAAGCUAGUGAUAGCAGAUUAAAUUCAUUGUUAACAAAUUUAGGAUACUGCAUAUUGAAAGGAAUUAUCUGCAUGAUUCAUGGAGAUAAUUUCUUAUUGUAAAUGUUUAGGAAAAAGAAGUGAGCAUUACUUUGCAGAGCUCAAUCAAAAUUUCCGCUCAAGAAGCAGCAUCAGUAAAAAAAAGUAUGGACUAGAAAAUACUGAACAUGUUAUGCCUUUUAUAUGUAAUUGUUUUUAGUUCUAAGCAUCUCGAGCAUUUUGGUAGGUUGGUUUGUUUUUAAUAGAAAUGUGAAUUCAGGCACUUAAACUUUCUGAGGUGCUUAGAACAACUGUCUUCUCCUCAAAAACAAUGAGCGUUCUGGAGGUUCCAGUGAAGUUCUAUCCUGAGGCACAGAACACAUCAAAAAUCCUUCCCAUCACACAUGCACCCACAAAAAUCAAUUUUUACCUGGAAGAGGUUAAACUAUUCCCACCUGAAAAUAUAUGGCAAACAGAAGAAAAAGGCCAGAACUGAAGAUUUUACAAAUUGUUCCUAAAUCCUCAUAAAUGGUUUCUUCAAGACGUUAAAUAAGAAUUAUCACUUAUGAAUUCACAACACUGAUAUCAUUUAUGUAUUUUUUCCAAGGAUAAUCAAAUAUACUUUGAUGGACAUAUUAAAAUUGGUAUGAAUGUGGCACUGCUAUGUAAGUGCUCAGAUGGUAUUGCCACUACAUGAGGGAACUGAGAAAGUUUGACUGGCUCAGACAUGAUAUCAGGGGUACGACCUCAAUGCGGACACAAAAGGCUUGACCCUAAGAGUGUCACAAUCCAGCUGAUCAGAAGCAGACAAUGUCAGGAACAGAAAAAGUUCAAAGUCCAGGGGAUCAGGAGCAAGAAGAUCAGGAUGCCAAGGUUUGAUAUAAGUCGCCACCUAGCUAGAGCCAAAAAGGUGAAGCCAGAUCUGAACCAGAGGUGUUUGCCAAGUGGUCAGCAGCAGCCAGCUGUAAAAGACUAGGACAUGGGCAACUGCAAAGUCAAGAACCACGAACCAGAGGAAUCAACUAGCAGGAACCAGAAAACAAAGAACAAGGACUCAGUCAUCCAAAACUAAACAGAAUAUCUGUCCUGUUGAUUAACUUGCUGAGCAGAAAAACUUGCUGCUUGUAAACUGGGAGGUACAACCAUGCAGGGCAGUGGGACCAGGUGAAAGUAGUUAGCCCACUGGCUGCCAGCCCCACUAAGGUAACUAGGGCCAGCUGGGAGUAAUUUUUCCUGCCUGUUGCCCUGACUCCUGAUACAAAGUAUGUGGGAGGUCAUGUUUCCAUAAUGGGAAUUUGAUUGAAUUAUAAGUAAGAUUUUAAAACUGAUCCACAUUUACUUGAUUUGGACUCUAAAUGAAAUCUGGAUUAGGUUGAGAUUCAGAUCCAAAAUUCAGAAAUGUUCAGAUUAAGGAGCUGAUUUGGCUCAAUUCUACUUCAGUUGCCACCUGAAGCGACAGCAAACUCAUGUUAAUGAGUUUCUGCCCCAAAUCCUGUAGGUUUUUCAUUGCCCACCCCAAAACCUACGGGUGCUGUGAAAAACAAAGUAUAUUUUAGCUGUAAAGUAUAAGUAAACCAUGUUGCAUGUCCUGUUCUCUUUUCUGAUAUUCCAGAUCAAGAGAUUAUGUCUCUAGACCAGGACAUAGAAAGAGGGCCAGAAAGGCCUUGGGGAUGGUUGGACAGUUUUGUGUCUGAGGAAUUCUGCCUCUGAGUAUGGAUUCCUUCCCUUGAAUUCUCCAAUGGGCAAAAUCAGAUCCAAUACACAUUGAAAGAUUUUUUUAACACCUUCAACUACAGGACACAGCACUUCCUCAUUUUAAUCUUAUGUUACUAUAUCUGUACAUCUGUAUGCUUUUACUUUCAGCCUUUACAGCACCAAGUCCUGUGAGAUACCAUCGAGGAAUUUUCAUUUUAUUUGAAGGCACUAAUUAAAAAGAAAAAGAGGGUCAUAGGAACAUCCCUGUCUGGUAGGAGAGAAGUGCAAACAACAUCUUUGGACAUCCAGAGAAUAAAAACUACUUUUACUUUUAAGACAUAUGACAUCAUAAUACACACUAUAGGCCAUGAUGACAGAUGCUUCUGACAUCACAAAGAGACUCCUAGCAACAGAUGACAGCUGCCUCACAGGGACAGGUGUCUUUGACUGGUAAAGCAAGAGUAGCAUCUGUUGUAUCCUUCUAGUUCCUCAGUGUAAACUCUCCAGGAUCCUCUGUAGCUCAGGAUCUCCAGGCUUAGCUUGAAAGAACUCAGGUCCCAGAGACCAGAAGACAAAAGAAAGGUCCAAUACUUGGCUGAGAUCAUUUCAGAGGCAUUCUGACAGGAUGGGUGACUGGAAGAGCUACAUCAACACCAUCCUCAAGGACAAGAACAUUGAAGAUGUAGCUAUUGUGGGGCAUUCGGACAACAAGUCUGUGUGGGCUUCCAAGCCAGGAGGUGUGCUUGCUGCCAUCUCACCUCAGGAAGUGGGGGUGAUCACAGGUCAGGACAGGAAAACAUUCCUGCAGACUGGGAUUACAAUAGCUGGCAAGAAGUGCAGUGUGAUCCGUGACAACCUGUUGGUGGACAAAGAUGCUGUGAUGGAUGCCAGAACCAAAGGGGGGGACAGCAUGUCCAUCUGUAUUGGCAAGACCCCCAAAGCCUUAGUCUUCCUCAUGGGUAAAAAGGGAAUCCAUGGAGGAGCCCUUAACAAGAAGGUGCACGAGAUGAUUACAAGCAUGAAAAACCAAGGUAGCUAAUGCAAGAGACACCAUCUUCCUGGGCAGAAAGUACAGUGAAAAUCUCAUUGCUUUAAAAGAAAGGGAAAAAAAUCCUGAUUUCACUUAA